AUGGUUUCCUCAUUGACCCCGACAAUUUACACCCCCCUAUACCUGUUCUCAUUCCUCCUAGCCUACCUAGUACUCGCCCGCCUCUACCGUCUCUACACGAACUACGCGCUCGCGCGACACCAGAACCUCCCGAUCAUCGUGCUCCCAUGGUCAUGGCAGGAUCCUCUCUGGAUGCUGCUGGCCCCGCGCUUCCUCUGGCUGCGCCAUCUGCCCUGGUUCAGCACAUGGAUUCCCUACAGCUACAUGGGCUGGACCACGCAAGACAAGGGCCGCAUUCAUCGCCCGCCACCACUUGGGCUUGGCCCCGCAUUCAUCGUCGUCUCGCCGUCGCGCACCGAGUUCUUCACCACGGAUCCACAGACCGCUGUGGCGGUGAAGCGCAAUUGGCGUGAGUACGAGCAUCCUCCGGAUCUGUACGCCGUUUUCGACGUCUUUGGGCCAAAUCUGCUGUCAGCGAACGGGCCGGACUGGCAGCGUCAUCGAAAGAUAGUUGGGGGUGCGUUCCGCGAGGCUGUCUAUCCUACCGUGUGGCGCGAGAGUUGGGCGCGGAUGGAUGAGUUGAUGGAAAAGUUGGUCCGUGCUGGAAGAAUGACCUUAGAGGAGGUGCGAAAGGAGAGUGGCAUAUUGGCCAUGCAUGUGCUGGGCAAAGCAGCAUUUGGCUCGGCACACGGACAUGGGGAGGAAGGCGUGGCGUCCAAUCAUACGGGCCAUCGCUUGAGCUACUUGGAAUGUCUGGAAGUCAUGUACCCGAACCUAAUGGGCGUCAUCCUGUUCGGAGGCCUAAAGACAUCGGUGCCGGACUGGAUAUUGCCGAAACCUCUCAAGAGGGUCAAAACGGCUGUCGAGGAGUACAGACUGUAUCUGCUUGAGGCAGUGCAGCGGCAGCAAAAGAAAGGCACACAGCAGGGAGGAGCUGUGGCAGAUCUGGCCACCCUGCUUGUUCGGGCCAACGACGCUGAGAAGGAGGAAGACCCGAAAUCUGGGCACCUGACUGCCGCGGAGCUUUACGGUAACAUGUUCAUCUUCAACAUUGCGGGCUACGAAACAACAGCCAUGAGCUUAAGCUUCGCCAUUCCGUACCUAGCCGCCUUUCCAGACGUGCAAGCCUGGGCGAGAGACGAGGUGGAUGAAGUGUUUGGCAAGAGUGACACGCUCUCGUACGAAGAGGCGUAUGAGAGACUUCCUCGGGUCCGCGCCGUCAUGUACGAAACCCUAAGACUGCACUCGUCAGUCGCCCACCUCCCGCACGAAUCGCCCUCAUACCCGACCACGAUCGAGGUUCCGUCCCUGAACCGUUCCAUCGACAUACCACCCAAAUCCCUGGUCUCGAUACCGGUCGUAAUUUCCGGCUACCUUCCCACCGAGUUCAACGGCCCAGAUCCCUACCUAUUCGCCCCGAGCAGGUUCUUGACCCUCGACUCCACCGGCGCAGAGGUCCUUCUGAGCGAUAACGAGCUCGCCAAACAAGGCUGGAUUCCCUGGGCUGUGGGCCCGCGCGUCUGUCCUGGUAAGAAAUUUAGUCAGGUCGAGUUCGUCAGCGCUAUCGCCCAACUGCUCUUGCGUGCGGAAGUCAGGGUGGCGGAUCAGAGAGGUGAGGGGAUGGAAAGGGCCACGGCUCGGGUAAAGGAGGGUUUGACGGAUACGGAGUUCAACCUGGGUACUACGGUGAGAAGAACAUCGGACAUAGGCCUAGAGUUUGUGGCGAGAGCUGAGGUAUCAUAA